AUGUCGUUGGCAGAACCCACAUCGGGUGCCUCCCCUCUGGGAUCGUCGGGCUCUAUAUCUAGCCUUGAUCUGGCAAGAGAAGAAUCAUCGGGCGACGAAAGAAAAUCCCCUCAUUUCCCCCCACCAGACAAGGACACAUUCCCUACCGAGCAAGCAUUUUUAGACAGUCUGAUUCCCGUACCUUUGGAGACUGUUGAGCAUGACGAUAGAGAAUGCAUAUUCUGCCAAACGCGUUAUGGGGAGACCCCAGAUUCAGGAUCGGGCACCCCAGAGAUGCCAGUCAGAUUACGAUGCACUCAUGUCUUUGGCGAACAAUGCGCACGUAGACAUUUCGGCCAACGCUUAAUUAUCGACUUCUCUCUUCGUCCACUAGAACUCCGCCCGAGGACCAGAGGCAACGUCCUGAUCUCGAAGCUAGAUCGCUACGCUGGAGCGAUGAAUCAAUACCUAGGCGACUUCAACCUCUUCAAAGGUCUCCUUGAUAAUCUCUAUGAUACCAGUCGCUUAAAUCAGUUUUUUGGACCAUAG